UCUACCCCUCGAUUUCCGCGUCUUUCGAUUUUCCUCCUUAGAUCCUUCACCAACAUGGCGUCCCUCGAGUCUAUGCCAAACGAGCUCAAGAACAACGUUUUCAGACGUCUUGCCUUCUCCGACAUUCUCAAUCUCGCAAAGACGAGCAAAGAACUGUACUUGGUCUGCCAACCAGCGAUUUUUCGCAAUGUGUGGAUUGGCAGGUCUGAAGUACACUCCAGACCUUCGAUGGCGUAUAAUAGAGGCUUCCUAGCUGGCCGGACUGCGAAGGGUGCAGUGCAUAUAAAUGAAUCACGCCAGCUGAAGAGCUUUCUCCAUGCCUUGAUUGCGAACCCUGAGCUAGGAAGAUUAGUAGCAAAUGUAAAGGUCAAUCAUGUAGAUAAGGAGCAUGAACAUGAUGAGGACGGACUGUACGGGGGUUUAGGAAUCAGUCUGGAUGACUACAUAGUAUAUGCAGGCGCUAUUGAUGCUCUAAAAGCGCCGGGGGCAGAGCACUGGAAAAGCGCUAUUGCGGGAAGCUUCUCGACGUUGCUUGAGAGACCGUGGAGUAACGUCACGUUGAAGGAACAUCAGAUCGACGCUCUCGUGUCACUCAUUCUUUAUCAGUGUACUGAAGUUCGAGAUCUGUCCAUUCGCCUUGACCUAUUGGGUUGGAACCCUUGGUUAAUGAGCCUACUGGAACAGGCUUCAGAUACUUCCGAGUCGAACGGGGGACUCAAAGCUCUCGGUCAACUGUCUCGUGUUUCUAUCUGCUGGGUGGAUUGGACGAUCGCAGCACCUGAAGAAGAAGCGCCGCUGAUUCAUUCCAUCAUAAACACCUUGUACAAGCUGCCUUCGUUGCAAAGCCUGACAGUGGGUCCUGAUGAGCACUCUCUACGGAGGGUCGAGUGGGAAAGCCGAGAGAGACAACAGCAAUCUGUACCUGCUAUGAGCGAGAUCCUCCCUGUGGCUGCAAAACUGACAACCUUGCGCUUGCUGAGGUCGAGGCUGCCACCGCAAGACUUGAAACUCAUGUUACAAUCAACUCCAAACCUUGAGAACCUAGAGUACGACUCCAAUCGGAAUACUGGGAGGUUUGAUAGAUGUUUGGAUCUAACCCUCACCAAAGAGGCCUUCAAUGAGUGUCAGGAUACGUUACAGACUAUCAUUUUGAGCCACCCCAGAGAUCCCCAGGACUAUGAUAACCCGCACGAGUACAAGCCUUUCAAAAACAGUCUAGGCUCUCUUUGCGACUUCACUGCCCUCGUCAGUUUGGAAGUUUCCUUCGCCAUGCUAUUCGGUCAUGACUACACCUGGUCGCAUGGGCCUGAGUACCCGGACCUAGCUAGCUAUCUGCCUUCGCGGCUGCGCCGGCUCAAAAUCACCACCGAUGCUUGGGAAGAGCUUGAAUACAAUGUUUACCCAGCAUACCCGGGCUACCCGGCGAGUAGUCCCACCAUGGUGGUGCUCAAGAAGUUCUUUGCUGGCGAGGAGUUGGCAGCGGAAUGCCAGAGGCAGCUUUACCGCGAGUACAAAGAUGUGGAAUGGGAGAGGGUUCAAGAACCGACAUGGAAGACAGCGACCCCAAAAUUAAAAGAGUUUAGCUAUAGUAAGUGCCGCGCAGGAAGCUGGAGAGAUCACUCGAACCCGCUAGGACCAAGAUGCGAUUUAAUACGCAUGUGCGAGAACCAGGGCAUCAAAUGCGACGUUCAUGUUGAAGGCAUGCCUUUUUCUUCAUCUCUGCAGUCUCCUACCUACUUCGUCUAUUCACCAUAUCCCGGUCGUCAAGAUUUCUCCCUAUUAUCACCAACAUCUCCCCAUCACUCCCCAACGUCUCCUCAAUAUUCUCCGAGCCCUUCCGUCUACUCCCCAACGUCUCCUCAAUAUUCUCCGAGCUCUCCCGUCUACUCCCCACCCGCCCAGUCUUAUCCUAUGCCAUGCACUCCAACCUGGCAUCCAGAUCCACAUGCAUCACCGCCUUACUCCCCAACUUCUCCAGCGUACUCGCCGGCUUCUCCAAUGUACUCUCCAAGUUCUCCAAAGUACUAUCCAGCUCCUACAGAAUACUCACCUGGGUCGCCACGGCCUGCGGAUUGGCCUCCUGUCUUCUAA